AUGCCUCCAGAUGUUCCUAGUAUUGGUAGUGAUAGUGUAACUUUUCUAAAUUGGCAAAGACUAUUUGAGGAUGAACAUAAAAAGAUUGGGGAACGUUUUCAGCGUCAUCAGUGUAGACCAGUGUGUCAUAAGGGAUAUAGUAGCAGCAGUAAUUGUAGGUUUGGUUAUCCACAUGAAGUUAUUGAAAGUUCUAGAUUUGAUGUUAAGGAAAAUUCAAUAAUAUUUGCACGUAGAGAAAGUGAUGUCAAUGGUCACAACCCUGAUUUAUUAGUAUAUACUAGGCACAAUCACGAUAUAAAGUGUAUAUUGUCAGGAAAGGCUGCAAAGGCUGCAAUGUUUUAUAUAUCCGAUUAUAUUACCAAAAUGCCCUUAAGCACAGAUAUCUUAUUAUCAACAUUG